AUGGCGGAACGUGGUGAGAAGCUCAUCAUCAGCAGUCCCGUGUUUUCUCUCCAGCUUGGUACCAAAACCAUGAUCGUCCUAUCAAGUGAUCUGGCAGUGAAGGACGUACUCGACAAGCGCAGCGGUAACUAUUCUGACCGUCCAGACAUGUUUAUUGGACAGAAGGUUGCUAGUGGAGAUUUGAGACUGGUAGUCAUGAGAUAUGCUGAUACCUGGCGGGGAAUCCACCGCAUGAUCCACAAUAUCCUCAACAUGAAGGCUGCCGUCACGUAUACCCCUUACCAAGACCUCGAGAACAAGAUCAUGCUGAAGGGGUUCCUCGAAGAGCCACAGAUUUUUCUAGACCACGUGCGGCGCUAUACCUUCUCGCUAUCAACUCAACUCAUAUUUGGUUAUCGGUGUCCGGACAUGAAUGAUGCCAAUCUCAAAGAGCUUUUUAACUUUGCGAACUGGGGCGAAUUGGCGGCCAGUGGUAGUGCUCAAAUUCUGGAUCUGUUCCCAAUUCUUCAAAAGCUACCCAAAUGGCUAGCUCCGAAUGUGAAAUACGCCGAGUCAUUGUUCAAGAAGGAAAGUGCACAUUAUCUUAGGAUGUGGAUGAGAGCUAAAGAGGGGUUGCGAAAUGGUGACAGCCAUCCUUGCUUCUGCAACGAUCUCCUGCGCGCUCAAGAGAAAGAGAACUUCACAGACGCUCAGGCAAGUUACAUCAGCGGUUCGUUGCUAGAGGCAGGUUCAGACACAACCGCGGCAACAAUAUAUGGAUUCAUCCAGGCCAUGUUAGUCUGGCCAGAAGUGCUCAAGAAGGCGCAAGAGGAAGUCGAUCGUGUAGUAGGACCUGACCGAAUGCCCACGAUUGAGGACUAUGAGAAUCUGCCGUACAUUCGCUGUUGCAUCAAGGAGAGCAUACGUUGGAUGCCGACUGUCAUUCUAGGCGUACCUCAUGCAGCGAUCAAAGAGGACUCGUAUAACGGGUAUGUCAUUCCAGCUGGUGCCACUAUCAUCAACAAUGUCUGGUCCAUCCACAUGGAUCCCAGACGAUCACCAAACCCUCGCACAUUCAACCCAGAUCGCUUCGCAGGUGAUUUCACUACGUUGUAUCAAUCUGCGACGGGUGAUUGCACCAAGCGCGACAACUUCGUUUUCGGCGCAGGUCGACGACUCUGCCAAGGCAUCCACAUUGCCGAAAGAUCGCUUUUCUUGGCAAUUUCCCGUCUGGCUUGGGGCUUCAACUUUUCACCUUCGAUAGGUGAAGACGGAAAGCCAAUCACCUACAAUGUUGACGAUCUGGUCGGUGGCAUAACUGUCGAACCUAGACAUUAUACCUGUCGGAUCGAGUGUCGAAGUACCGACAAAGCCAGAAUCAUACGUGAGGAGGCUCAAAUGAGCCAGGACUUGCUCAAUAGUGAGACUGGGCAGUGGAAAGAGUCACCAAAGGGCAUGGCGUUUAGUACCUGGGUACCAGAGAAGACUGAAGCUUGA